ACACCGUAUCCGGCCCUUUAUUUGACGUUGUAUCCGUACAAAUUUAAGCUAAUGUUGCACAGAAUAUAAUUGUAAAUGAACUGCUGGUAGCUUUAAGAUUGUUUGAGAUGUUGAAGUUAGCUCAUUUGGUCUAUGCAAGGAAGAGUAACCUGCAGUGUUGUGGCGGCUUUAUUCUACUCGUCUCUACUCAGCCAACUAUAUAGUUACAUAAGGCAGGGGCAGUUCAUUGUUAGCCUAGCUUUAGCCAUGCUCUCCGUCUCCGCGUUCACCUGCCUUCUGGGUUGCGGCUUGCUUGUGACAGGGACCACAGCUACUAGCUAGCUUGGUAGCUAGUUAGCUAAACAUAUUUUUUUCCAGUAUUGACGUUUUUUGUUCUCUUACUUGUGCUUUAGCGUUUCUUGGACCUUUCAUUUUCUGUCACAUUCCGUGUAACAGCGGUGGUCUGCAGAAACUGCACCUCGUAACAUUCGCUAUUAGCUUAGUUAGCAAGCUAGCCAGCCGGCUAACUUUGAGGAAACGUUUUUUUUUUUUUUUUUUUUUUUUUUUUUUUUUUAAUGACAUUUGAGUUGAUGUUGACGUUGUCUUGACCCGGGCAGUAUACGUUAACGCCAUCAACUCAAGAACGCCUAUCGUCUGCAAACGUUUUUCACCACUCAGUCAAGAACCGGAGCUUUAAUUUCUUAGGUUUGUGGUCAUUUGCCUGCCACGAUGGCUUCUUCCUCUGGAAACGACGACGACCUCACCAUCCCCAGAGCAGCUAUCAACAAGAUGAUUAAAGAAACUCUCCCUAACGUACGAGUGGCUAACGACGCCAGGGAGCUUGUGGUUAACUGCUGCACAGAGUUCAUACACCUCAUAUCCUCAGAAGCCAAUGAAAUAUGCAACAAGUCCGACAAGAAGACCAUAUCUCCUGAGCAUGUCAUCAAUGCCCUUGAGAGCCUUGGUUUCGCAUCAUACAUCACGGAGGUGAAAGACGUCCUGCAGGAGUGUAAAACUGUAGCUCUGAAGAGGAGGAAAGCCAGCUCUCGACUGGAGAACCUGGGCAUACCAGAGGAGGAGCUCCUCAGACAACAACAGGAAUUGUUUGCCAAGGCGCGACAGCAGCAGGCAGAGCUCGCCCAGCAGGAGUGGUUACAGAUGCAGCAGGCCGCCCAGCAGGCACAAAUGGCAGCAGCAUCUGCCAGCGCCGCCCAGCAGGCCGGUUCCUCUCAGGAUGAAGACGAAGAGGAUGACAUGUGAUCCCAGGAUGCCGUUCAACUUGUCAGAAUCCCCUCCUGGGACGGUGUUGGCGCACAGAUCUCCCAGUACUGUCAUCGGCAGAGACAUGAGACGUGUUUGACCGCUGGUAUACAUCAGUGUAACAUGGAUAAUGCACAUUGGAAUGGACAGUGACGAGAAAGAUGAAGGGGGAUUUCAAGAUAGCCACACGGUCAGAUACCAGUACCUGAAAUGAUUUGGAUUGAGAGGCUGUUAAAGUUUUUAAUUAAUCUCUUCUUCCCCCUUUUUUUCCCGGUUGCUUCUGUUUAAUUAUGUCUUGACAUUAUGUUGUGAGUGAUUUGUAGAUUUCUGGAUGUGUUGUGGACACGCUGAAGGCAGACGUUGCCUGGGAAAUGUCAGUGAAUUUUGGUGAUAAUGCAGCAAGUGUUCGCUCCUUCAGGUACUGCACCAGAAAGCUUACUUAUGUUGUCCGUUGUACUAGAUCACUUCUGGUGGUUUAGGAGAACUGCUCUAGAAUAAUUUCAGAGCAGUCGAUUUCUCCAUUCUUGUGGUUUGAUGUUCAUUUUUACAGAGAGGGCCCCCCCCCUUAGUAUAUUUGUUCAGCAGAGGAUCAUUUGAGGGGCUGUGAAUAUAGGAUUUUUUUUUUUUUUGUUUAAGUAGAGAAAUGGACGUUUUGUUUAAUUUUAGCUCAUUUAGUUACUUUACAUUGCAUUUUCUCUCUACCUUGAACCACCCACAGUAUUGCUAAUUAUCCACACCUUUCAGAAACUGAAUAUUUUUGUCUCAUAGAACCAAAGAUAGUGGACAUACUAACAGCCCAGAGUUAAGUGUUUUUUAAAGGUGUAGGUGCUACUGUGAUUCUCGUUGCUGACUCCAGGUCAGUGUAAACAAUGUAAAGGAUUAUUAACCUAUGACUUUGUAAGAUGCUUUGAUAUCCAGGCUGAAUUUGUUAUUUCCCUUUUCCUCGGGUGCAGUAUCAAACAUUUGCAUUGUGACUGUGGUCAAUCCUCAGUGUAAAGAAAAGUAACCUAGUUGUGACAUUCACUCGCCUAUCCUACAAAGUUGUAUUCUUUAAGCAAUAAAGGAAUCAUGUUUUUAUAUACAA